UUACGUGCGCGAAUAAAAAUAAUCGAAAGUAAAGCGCAAGAUAAGAGUUGAAAGUCAUUACAUUAAUGACCCCUCGCUGCGAUGAAGAAUCAAAGGUAUGAUCGAAAUUAAAGGUAGGGAGCACCGAGACAGAGAGAGAGUGAGAGGAAAAAAGAGAGAGAGAAAGAGAGACAAUUGGGAAGGGAUAUACACGUAGCGUAAAAGUAAAAGAACCCACACCGCGCGAGUCGCGCUUACUCGCACGAUCGAGGGACACUUCUCUUUAUUCUCGUUCUCUCUGUGUGCACAGCUGGUUAAAAAGUCUUCUUCUCCUUCAGUCGUCGUUCGCCAAUGCGACCGAUACUGCACGGCAUUAUCGCGCCGCAUCGCGAAUUGCUCUACGUGUGUGCGCGCGAGCGUGCGUUUCCUUUUUCGUCUUUUUUUUUUUUUCUUUUUAAUCGUUUGCCGAUUUUUCCGAUUAAUUUUCGAGCAAUUACGUACUCUCUCAGAAAGAUUCUUCGGGUACGCGAAGUGAAAGUGGGAACGGGUCGGAUGGAUCUUUAAUGCAUUCUGGAUCGGUUUGCCCCUGCUCAUUCGCGCGAGUUCGAGUUACGGGCUGUAAAAGUGUGCGAAUGUAACGUGCGCGUUAAUGCCAGUGCGAUCUCGUUACUUUAUGAGAGAAGCAAAGAGAAAGCGGUGAUCUUGAUCAAUCUGAUCACUUGUCACGUCUUAUCAAUAUCCAGAUCAAUUUUGCGACUGAUCAUGCCGCUGCAUCGACGUUAUUGAUCGAAAAAGAGGCAGAUCGGAUUUGCAAACGGAAUUUGAAGGCGAUCAAUCACGUGUCUAGGAAGCGGAACCGAUUCGAUAUGAUUGCGACCAGGGAAGUAUCUUUACUCUGGACAAUCUCGGUCCCCUUGUCCUUGGAGCUUAUGCCAAAGUCAUCAAUGUCUCUAUCAUGAUCCCCUCAACGAGGAAACGAGUCUGUCCUACGCCGGAUCGAGUUAACAGUCGACGCAGCCUUUCGAGAGAUUUGUCGUCCGCGUGAAGGACGAAGUCUUAAAAUCUGGAGAUUAUCUGGUGCUCGCAACACGCGUUGAAAUGGCAUUGGUGAAUUUCAGUCUACCAUAUCAGUCGGCGACAAUGGCGCCGUUCCUGUACACCGGAGGACACACAACGGCCAACAGUCUCGGCUUGAACACGGUGUUACCGCCGGGAUCUGUGCCGAGCUACAACGAACAGGAGACUUUUCGUAACGAACCCUACGCACCACCGGUCAAGUACCAUCAGCAUCGACGUCAGUCUGCUCCGCAGAGAAGUCAGGAGAUCUACGCGGAGCACACGUCUUUCUCGUCAACGCAGAAUACUCGUUACACCGCGUAUAAUCAAGAUUUUAGAAGAAUACAGCCGAGGCUGCAGCAGCAACAGAUGAGACCACCUCCUCCUUCACCGUUUCAGCAGCAGCAGCAGCAUUCUCGAUCGCCGGAGCCGAUCAAGUCUCGGAUAGAGGAACAAGACCAGAAUUAUCCGGAAAGACCUCAUGGUUAUACAAGAGUCAAUGGCGGAAGCUCCAUCGGUCCGGAUACUAAAACUUCGGUCCACGCCGUGUUGGACUACGAUGAUGAUUUUGACGAUUAUUAUGACGACGAAGAUCAGAACGUACCAACGAACGCACAGGUCACACCUAUCCAAGGUCCAAUCUUUCUGAAAAAUGGUUCCGUUCCUGUAGUGCCGCUGUAUCCAUAUCCUCAGCUAAAUAAUGGGACAUUCGUGCAGAUACCAAUACUCUGGACUGCACUUUCGGUAGCGUUAGGUGUCGAACUGAGGGGAGAUUUGGUACGAGGUGUACCAUGCAUUAAAAGAUAUCAUCAGCUGUUUUGUCCAACCGCCGGAAACACAUAUCCAAUAGAACGAAUAGAGCGUUUUAUUGAUGAAAAUAAAGCGUUGAUGAAAAGAAUGUACGGCGACUUCGAGAUGAAUCCAGGAUACGGAUCGAGCGAACCUGGGCAUCGCACUAGAACACGAAGAAAAAGUAGAGACGCGCGGAGGCACGACAUUCCAGAUGGUGGACCUAACGACGAAUUACAUGCAGAAGGCGAAAUCGACGCGAAAUAUUUCAACAAGAAUAGAAAUACCAGAGAAUCCUUCGGGAAAAACCGCAGCACAGAGAGUGGCAGAAUUGAUGCGUGCGAAUCAAAAGUUGAGAUCGUGACUCCCUAUUGGGCAAGUAACAGCGCUGGAAAGAUUCGCGCCAUUGUAAAUACUCAACAUUUUGAGCAGGCUAUACAUCAGGAAGUGUGCUCGAAAACGCAAACAAAUCGGUGCAGCGGAGACUGCGGAUGCGAGCAGAAAUACAAAUGGCAUAGAUUGCUCGCCUAUGAUCCAGACAACGAUUGUAAAGGUAUAUUUAUGGAUUGGUUCCUGUUUCCCUCAUGUUGUGUUUGCAGAUGUGAUCCGGUCAGCAACAACAAAUUCUCUUCGUCACGUGCGCGAAAUUGACAUGUGUCGCGUGUCUAUGCGUGAAGAGAUGUGCCAUGUAAACUGCAACGGUUCGCUCAUUCUCAGUGCAUUCAGAUAAUUAUCGUCUAUACGACGAUUAGUAUCUAUCUAGUGAUUCGUGAUAAAAAUUGUGCAACAGAUAGAUGCGAUUUAUCAGCCGAUUUAUCGUUUUAAUUUUAAAAAUUGCUAGAGAAUUUUUGUAGCAUUUAAAAACUUAAAAACAAUAUAUUGAUAUUUCUUUACUGAUAAAUUUAAUUAAUCUUAUUGACGAAUUAAUUUUAAAUUGAAUCCAUUCUCUCUCUCUCUCUCUCUCUCUCUCUCUCUCUGAGAUUUAUAUAGUUUAUUUUAUUCAGUGCUAUAUCUUUUUUCCCGAUUCAUAAGUUUCUCUUGUGCUUUAUCAUAACCCAUUAUGACAAUAAUUGCUACUAUUUUCUGUGUUGCGAUUAAAACUGCUACUAUAUUAAAAUUGAAAAGAACUAUUGUAAUACAUUAUUUUUUUAAUGACAAAUGCAAAGCAGAGUAAAAAAUUAUCAUACUUAUGUAUAAUUGGUCAGCUUGGUUGGAAAAAUUCAACCGAUCAGCGAAUAGUUUAUCCGUCAAACUGAGAAAGAAAUUUGCGCAAUGAAUAUACAAACGUGACGGAAAUCAUUUACUUAAAACAUUUAUCGAUAUACAUAAUAUUAUUAGAUUUCAAAUUAAUAUUCUAGUAAUAAUAAAUUGAUUUACGUGAAGCAUUUACGCUCGAUUUUUUAAGCGACGAGAGAAACCGGUAAAUCGUACCAUAUAUGUAUCUCAUCUAAUAAAAAAAAUCACGUGUUGAAAGAAAUUGAAUCGGAAACGGUUUUAUAUAAUGCGUAGAGCGGAACCAUUUUCGUGAUUCACAUUUUAUUUAUAAGUAGGAAAUAAAUGUCUUAUGUUAUAGAUUUUUUUUUGAUAAUUGUCGGCUCUUAUUACAAUUAUAAUGAAGUGUCAUUAUAUAGACAGUGUUUAGCCCAUAAUGAAAUGGCAGUGCGCACGAAUCGCGUACAAUAUGCCUGCAUUAAUUUUAUUUUUAAGUGCUUUCAGGACUUAUCAAGAACAACUUUUUUAAAAUAGUUUUUUUAAUUUUUACAGAUUUUGCGUAAUAUAUGUAACACGAUUACACUUUAAUUAAGACGAUACACAAUCUCUCGCGCGAAGAAAAUAUACAUGCGAAAUCUAU